AUGUACAGAAGUAAAAUUGGUCAGGCGAUUCUAAGUUUGAAUUCUUACCCCUCAGCUCUUCGGAAAAUGAAUCUUAAAUCUACCAUAUUAACAGCUUUGAAAAGAGACAGCCACAGAAGUUUAAAAUCGAGCUCGAAGGCAGUUCAUUCAUUCAUCUACACGCAGAAAGUAAGUAACAAUUUGAAGAGCAGUACGUCAUCAUCUCAGAAUUUUAUCUACUUGACCCAGACUGAGAGUUGUUUAGGGGACGAUCUCCUUCGUCCUGGUUUGUUUGGUAGUGGAGGUAACGCCCAUAUCAUUGUUCUAAGUUGGAAACAACCGUGUACAUCACAUUAUUCGAGGCAUUUAAAACACAUCAAGUAUAUUUACAAAGCAAAUAGUACUUGGGGUGAAGGAAGGAAUGUUUUAUACCACUUUGCAAAGAAAAUUCCCAAAAGUUACUUGUAUUAUAUUUUCAUGGACGAUGAUCUAACAUUCCAUUUUACAAACUCUGCUUCCAAAGAGCGUUGUCGUAAUCUUGGCAUCCGCUGGCCACUACAAGCUUUUGAGGAUUUCCUAUUAGAACACGAGCCCGCAAUAGGCAUGCCUCUGUUCUGUAGCAAAUGUUUGAGAUUGAAUAGCAUCACUGGAAAGCCGGAAACUCGCUGUUGCGAUCUAAUGAAGGAUUUAAAGCCUUUACCUGAUUACCUGCCGGUAACAAUUCAUUUUGAUGCGGCUUUUAAUGCUUUUCAUAGAAACGCUGUCGAUUUAAUAUUACCCUAUAGACUCGAGCUCGAACAUUGGAGUUGGUGGGAAAGUCAGAAAUUUGUGAUACUGGCCGCUGACAUGAUGUUCCGCGGGCAGGUGCUGAGGUUUUCGCCUGUUACUGUGCUCAAUAGCGUGCAUAGAGAGUAUCCUAAAUUGGAGUGGGAAAAUUGGGCACACAUUUUUAUUACUUUAAAAGUUGAAAUGCCAAGAAAAUAUAGAGACCAACUUGAGUGGACACCGGAUUAUACUGUUGAUGUUAUUCCCAUUGUGCGAAAUAAUACCGUGUUUACUCCAACGUGGAAUAUGGAAAUCCCAAGAGGAAAAAUAACUGUUGAGCCUUUUAAGCAUCUGAGCCCUUGA